CGCGUGUCGCUCACCUCCACUUUUACAUUGCUUCCUCCAUCCAUCCAUCCCUCUUCGUUCUCAUCUUUUUUUUCAUUCAUUCUGUUCAUUUCCAUCCUAACCUUCUACGAUGCCGAAAUUCUACGACUCAAUAUCCAACGACCUGCGUGACUGGGCUCUCCGCCAAAGCGUCUUCUUCGUCGCCUCCGCCCCUCUCCAAGGUCGCCAUGUGAAUCUAUCUCCCAAAGGCCUCCCCGAUGCCUCCUUCGCCAUCCUCGGCCCUAAAGAGGCCGCAUACGUCGACGCCACCGGCUCAGGCAGCGAGACCAUCUCGCACCUGCACGAGAACGGCCGCAUCACCGUGAUGUUCUGCUCGUUCGACUCGUCCCCUCGUAUCAUGCGGUUCUUUUGCAACGGUUCCGUGAUCGAAUGGAACCAGCCCGAGUUCGAACCAUAUCUGGCCCGCAUGGGCGGGAAAAAUGUUCCUGGAGCGAGAGCGAUUAUUCGAUUGGACGUAUUCAAGGUCCAAACAUCCUGCGGCUACGGCGUCCCGCAGCUCUCCCUGACAACAGACCCCGACACGAAUUCUCCAAAGCCGUAUCUCAAAGACCGCGAAACCCUAGGCCACUGGGCUAGUAAGCGGGUUGCGGCAGGUGAUGUCCAUACAUACCAGCGCGACAACAACAAUCGCAGUCUUGAUGGUCUGCCCGGUCUGAAAACGGCUGUUAAAGAUAGCGGUCGGUCGGUGCUGUGGUCCGAGGUGCGGAAUUGGACGUAUAGGAAUCGGGCGGAGAUCGAUCUGGUCAAGACGUCGGUUUUGAUCCUUCUCGUUGCGAUGGGCGCUGCACGGUGGCUCGUGGCAAUGAGCUCUCGCCCCAUUCGUAUUGCAGGUGCUUCCGGCUCGGCCUCCGACCGCCGCCAUGCCAUCGCCGAAUUUGCUCGGAAUCACCCUCAAGACCCGAUCGAUGUUAUCAUUGCCGAUUUCAUGAGCGAGGCCAACAUGGUCACUGGAGCAGCACGACGUGUAGACCAGGACAAACAGAACUCAAGCCAACAGAGCUCAGGACCACCGGGACUACCGGGGUACGAGCCUUCGUUUCUCCUGGCCUUACAGCCAGCCCUCGAGGACCUGGCCAAGCAUGGUAUCAAAGUAGCGGUCAAUGCGGGAAAUACUGACACCGAGGGUCUAUACAAGGCGGUGACACAGAUGGUGAAAUCUAAAGGGCUAAGCUUAAAGGUGGCUUGGGUAUCCGGUGAUCAGGUUCUUGCCACAGUCAAGGACGCCUUGUCUUCUGGCAACUCGACAUACAAGAACGUGUAUACCGGGGAAGCACUUUCAGACUGGAAUUUUGAACCCAUAUUUGCACAAUGCUAUCUAGGGGGCCUUGGUGUUGCCGCGGCCUUCUCCCAGGGUGCUGACAUUGUGCUCUGUGGGCGAGUGUCGGAUGCAUCGCCCGUGAUCGGAGCUGCAGCUUGGUUUCACGGCUGGAAACGCAGCGAUCUAGACCAGUUAGCCAAUGCGUUUGUGGCCGGUCAUCUUAUCGAAUGCAGUAACUAUGUCUGCGGCGGCAACUUCACCGGCUUCAAAGCUCUUGAGAAGCUGGGCAAAGAUGGAUGGUCCAAUAUCGGGUACCCUAUUGCUGAGAUCUCCGCCGAUGGAAAAGUGAUUAUUACCAUGCAGUCCUACGCCACCGGAGGUGCCGUUACGGCGGACACCUGCUCUUCACAGCUCCUUUACGAGAUCCAGGGACCAUGGUACUACAACUCGGACGUCACGGCCAUUCUAACCGACCUACAUUUCGAACAGAUAAGCACCAACCGCGUCGCAUUGCGUGGAGUCCGCUCUGCACCACCACCUCCAACAACAAAAGUCGGCAUCACUGCGCGUGGUGGAUUCCAGGCCGAGGUCUCAUGGUACCUUGUUGGAUUGGACAUCGACGCGAAGGCCCGCAUGCUGGAGGAUCAAAUCCGUCGGCUUCUCGCUCCACAAUCGUCCAAAUUCACGGAACUCAAAUUCUCCACGCUGGGGUCGGUUCCAGAUGACCCAAAAGACCAGAACAGCGCCACGGUCACUUUCCGCGUUGUCGUCCAGGCCCGCAAUGCUGAUGACAUUGCGCCUCACAACUUCCUGCGGCAUAUCGCCGACAAUAUCAUGCAAGGGUACCCUGGAGCUACGUUCCACCUCGAUAUGCGUCAAGGGUUCCCCAAGCCCGUGUACGAGUACUACGUCAGUCUCCUACCACAGGCGGACAUCAAGCACCGAGUCCACCUCCCAUGGAGCAAUCAAGUCCUCGAUGUCCCUCCACCCCCAUUGACAAAAGAAUACCCACCCCGCCAACCGUCACAGCAUACAACCUCAGCCCCAGCAAAUCCACAACUCGACUUCGGCCCUACCACGCGAGGCCCGUUGGGAUGGAUUGUCCACGCCCGGUCAGGCGACAAGGGCCCCGACGCUAAUUGCGGGUUCUGGGUCCGUCACAGCGACGAAUACCUCUGGCUUCGGUCAUUGUUAUCGACACCGAAAAUUAAGGAGCUUCUGGGACCGGAAUACACGGCUAAUCCACAGUUGGAAGUGGAUAGGUUCGAGCUGCCGCAGUUGCAGGGCGUACAUUUCUUGUUCCGGAAUUUGCUGGAUCGAGGAGUGGGUAUCACGACGACGGUGGACUUCUUGGGAAAGAACGUCGCGGAGUAUUUGAGAGCUAGGUGGGUGGAUUUGCCGGUCAGGUUUUUGAAUCGGGGAAAGCUGUAGACAUGAAGGUUAGUUUUGGUGAGUUGUCAAGUAUAUUUGACCCCGACAAUAAGUAUAUAAUCUCUAUG